CUGGUUAUAUGAAAACGGGAACAUUACUUGGAUGGGGUGCUUUUCAGCCAGGGAAUCAGCCCAGUUCUUUUUUAAGACGUAUUGAGCUUGAAAUAUCACAAGAUGUAUUAUGCAAAGAAGAAUUUCCAAAAUUAUUUGGUGAACAAAAUUUUUGCACAAUAUAUACACGAACUGAAAAUUACGGAGCGUGUGUUGGUGAUUCUGGUGGACCUUUUGUAGUUGGUUCAUCAGAUCGUCGUAAGGUAUUUGGUAUUCUUUCCAAGGGCCCAGCUUAUUGUUCAUCAAAUAGAACAGAGCCAGUGGCUGGAUUAUUUGCUCGACUAACAAAUAAAGAUAUUGCAGAUUGGAUUAAGAAGACUAGCAAGAAACUAAAUGACUAA